UCGUAAAACUAUCUAUCCUUGUGAUUACUGAUAGUCAUUUUAUGUUGUUUUUAGUGUCAACAAUACUCAUCAGUCAUCAAAUGACAAAAUAUACUCAAUACUUACAACUCAGUGUCUUGGCCCAUAAGUCACAGUUUCACUCUUCAUAGUUGUGAUAUUAAUAUUUUAUUCUGUGGUCGAAGUCAAUAAUGAUUGUGAGUAUAAUCACAGUAAUGCAGUUAGUAAGAAAAUUAAUUUUUAUAUCGUUCUAGACAUUGUUAAUGGUUAAUGUUAAAAGUAUAGUGUACGUUUAUUUCGUGUAUUCUUCUCAAUAGAAAUUUAUCAAAAGUAACGAAAAUAUAUUGUGAGAAAUAAUUGUAUUUACUCUAUUAUGAAAUCAUGAAGAACGACUGUACCAAACGAACUAAAGCGUCUAAAAUUCCCGUAGAAGUAUCCGAGUCGUUACAAAAGCUUUCCAAAGUUGUCGACAAUGUGCGACAAUCAAUUGGCAAUAUUCCUGUUGUACCAUCUACCAGUGCAAAAUCUGAAUCUACAGAAUUGCCACCUGUGGCUACCCCCCAAAUGGAAACUGAAGAAGAGAUAGAAAAAAAAGAGAAAGAAACAUUGUUGAGCUUUAUUUCAGAGUGUGUUACCAGGCAAGAAGAAAAGAAAACAUUGAGACAAAAUAAUCAAGAAUGCGUAUUCCCUGAUGAAUCCGAUAUAUCUAAACGCGAUUCUAGUUUGAAAAAAAAUACAGCAUUCAUAAGAAAACUUAAAAAUUUUCCUCCUCCUCAACUUGAUCAGCUACUCAAAGACAUGAAUUCUUUGAAUUUGACUAAAUAUCUAUCAGAAGUUGUGUCAGCUCUUACCGAAAUCAAACUGAAAAUGACAGAAAUUGAUGCCAUGAUAUUAUUAUGCACCCAAUUAAAUACAACUUACUCUGAUUUUUCAAAAAUUUUCUUUGAACAGUGGCAAAAAAUUUUAAAUAUUAAAAAAGAUGAUAAAAUAGCAAAUAUGAGCAAAUUCAGGGUUGAUCUUAGGCUAUUUGCUGAACUUACAUCUGCUGGUAUUAUACCUCAAAAAGAAGGUCUUGUCUUACUUGGCAAUAUAUUAACUAUCCUGAUUAACUCUGAUCUUCAGGAACAUAACAAUAUAAAUAUCAUACUUAGCUUUUGUAAAUAUUGUGGUGAUGACUAUGCUGGAUUAGUUCCUAAAGAAAUGCAAGAUCUAGCAGAUAGAUUUGAUGUUGAAAUACCUAAAAGUAAUAUGAUUUCCAGCGACAAACAGAAAAAUGUAAGAGCAUUGUUGAAGGAUUAUUAUGUAUCUUUAAACAAUCACAUUAAAAGAAUGCAUAAUGAUUUAGAGUACGCUGAAAAACAAAAUGAAAAAAUAUUACAAACCAAAGGUGAGCUAAGGCCAGAACGUAAAGCUAAAAACGAACAAAUGAAUGUUACAUAUCAAAAACUGUAUAGUUCGGCAUUAACUUUUGCUGAUAUACUCAAUGAACCAGUCAUCGUAUUAAAAGAAGAAAAAAAGAAUAGUUCAACUGAGGAUUUGACCGAUUCAGAAUUAGAUAUUGUAGGAACACCAACACUGUCAGAAUUAACUAGUCUUUGGGAAGAUGAGGAAACACAAAAGUUUUAUGAAGAAUUUCCAAAUCUUAGUAAUUAUAUUCCUGAUAAAAACAAGAAGAUUGAAGAACCUGAAGAGCCUGAAGCUGAAUGCAAUACAAAGAAAAGUUUAUCAGAUAUUAAAGAUGCCGUGGACGUUGAAGUAUCCAAUAUUGGUACCAAAGUUAUAUUUGAAUCAUUUAUUGAACAAUUACCAAAAUGUGUUAAUCGAGAAAUGAUUGAUAAUUUGGCUAUUGAAUUUCUAAUAUAUCUCAAUACUAAGAAUAAUCGCAAAAAAUUAGUUAAAGUUUUAUUCAGUGUUCCUAGAACCAGAGUAGAUCUGUUGCCAUUCUAUACACGUUUAAUAGCUAUUUUAAAUCCAUUGAUGCCAGAAGUUGCUCUUGAACUUUGUUCUUUGUUAAAAAGUGAUUUUAGGUAUAACGUAAAGAAAAAAGAUCAGAUUAAUAUUGAAACUAAACUUAAAGUUGUUCGUUAUAUUGGAGAAAUGGUUAAGUUUAACCUUAUGAUUAAAUCCGAAGCGUUGCAUUGCUUUAAAAUGUUGCUUAAUGAUUUCAGUCAUCAUCAUAUAGAAAUGGGUUGUGCUUUAUUAGAAACAGCUGGACGUUUUUUGUACCGUUCUCCAGAAAGUCAUCACCGUACCAAAAUUUACUUAGAACAAAUGAUGAGAGUCAAAUCUAUUUCAGCUCUGAGGCCCGUAUAUGUCACAAUGAUUGAAAAUGCUUAUUAUUUUGUUAAUCCUACUGAUUCUCCAGCUAUAAUGAAAAAGCAGAGACCUAUAUUACAUGAGUUUAUUAGACAUUUACUUUAUAAUGAGCUAAAAGAUGCACCUGAAAAAGAAAAUAUUAUUCUAGGUCUCCUUAAACAAAUGGACUGGGAAAAUUUUGCAGAGAAAACUUAUUUAAUAAAAUGUUUGACUGAAGCUUGGAAUGUUACUUAUCCAAUGAUUUCAGAUUUGGCAUGUUUAGUUGCCGCUUUUGUUGAUUAUGAUGAUUCAAUUGGAACUCGUGUCGUAGAUGGAGUUAUGGAAGAUAUCCGUGUGGGUCUAGAAACAAACUUAGUGAAAUUUAAUCAAAGGAGAAUAGCAAUGAUCAAGUAUUUUGGAGAGCUAUACAAUUAUAGACUAAUAGAAAGCAAUGAUGUGUUCAAAGUGUUAUAUAGUCUUGUAUCAUUUGGUGUAGUGUAUGAUCCAGAUUUUUAUUCCACAUUUGAUCCUCCUGAAAAUUUAUUUAGACUGAGACUUAUAUGUGUUUUACUAGACACUUGUGGAGAGUUUUUCAAUCGAGGACCGGGUAAACUUAAAUUAGAUUGCUUUAUUUUAUAUUUUCAAUACUAUUUUUGGUUAAAAAAAUCAAGUACUACUUGGGAUACUCAAAAUCCUUUUCCUGUAACAGUGGAUUACUUAGUUACAGACAUAUUAAAAAAACUUCGACCUAAUUUGAAAAUGAAAAACUGUUUUCUUGAAGCACAAAAGGUAGUUAUUCUACUUCAAGAAAGGCUUAUUCAACAGUACAAUCUCAAACAAAAAGAAGAAUCUCAACUAUCAACUAUUGACGAAGAGGCCGAUGAUAGGCAACAUUUAGAAGAGGAUGACUCUGAUGUAGAUUAUACAGAAGAUGAAGAAAGUGAUGGUACUGUUUGUAGUGAUAAGACUCCAGUUGAGCCUGUCCGUCGUAAAAUUGAAGACCCUGAAGACUUUGAGUUUUUAGAAUCUUUUGAUAAAAUGGUCAGCGAUAAUAUACAAGAAAGGACGAAAGAAGCAACACGUCCACAAACAGAAAUAUCAAUACCGUUUCAUUUAAAGAAAUACAGUAAAAAGACGUAUGAGCAGUUACAGAAUACUAAUGAAGAUAACUCUGUAAAUUUUAUAUUGAUGUUGAAAAAAGGAAACAAACAAACGUUCAAGAGCUUGCAGGUGCCAGUGGAUUCUGAAUUGGCAUCAAAUCUGAAAAGCCAAGAAAUGGCUGAACAGGCAGAGCUAAGAAGAGUAAAGCAACUGACUCUGGAUAUCAACAAUAGACAGGAAGAGGAAGAUUAUAAAGAUUUGGCUCAGGUAAUGCAGAAACCAAUUACUACUGCUUUUAAAGAUAAAAAGCCACUACCAACUAAAGGAACGCCAGACGCAGAGACAAUAUUUGGGAAGAAAAAAAGUGACAAAUGGGUUUAAGUGGAUGAACAAAUAGCUCCACGUUUGGUCUGAACACAACAAGAAAAACCCAGAUUAUUUGUGAUAUUAAUUUAAGGUAUAUUUUGAAUAAUAAUAAUAAAAUAUAUUUUUCAAAAGUAAUUUUUUUCAGCAGUUCCAUAAAGAAGUACAAGUUAACAAAAUUAAUUAUUAUAAUAAUAUGUAUAUUUAUUUAAUUAUUUUUUGUUGCAUUAAAAAUAAUUAUUAUUUUUACUAUAAAAUGUAUUAAUUAUAUUAUAAUACAUUGAAUGUAAUUUAUUGAACUGCGGUUCUAAUAAACUUUAUUUUUUUAUUUUUGAUUUACGGAAUAUAAUUAUAAUUCUUGUAUACUUUUAACUGUAUUGUUACUGUUGCUAGAAGGAUAAAAAUUAUUUAUACAACUUUUGUCCCAGACAAUAAUUGACUGAUAAAUUCUUUUCUUUUUUAAUUAAUACUAAUUUCAUAUUUAAGAGGACACUACCCAUACAUUUGUUGUCUCCAUCUUACACAUGCACGACAUAGCAAAUUGUCAUUAAAUAGUUUCAAUAGUGUGCUGUUAGUUUUGAUACUAGAGUGAAUUGAUCUAUUAAAAAACUUUAAGGUAAGAACAUUAUCUGUGCUUAAGCGUUGCCGAAAUUUUCAUUUUCAAGCAAGAUAUGAGAGUAUGUGAAAUAUCAAAAAUUAAAAAUGCUCAUAUCUCGCUUGAAAAUUAAAUAUCAAAGAAAACCAACGCUUAAGCACAGAUAAUGUUAUUAUCUAAAUCUAAAAAAUAUAUGAUAGGUUUAAUCACUCUAAUAUUAAAACUGACAGCACACUAUUGAAACUAGUGAACAAAAAUUUGCUAUGCCGUACAUAUGUAAGACGGAGACAACAAAUGCAUGUGUCCUCUUAAACUGCAUAAUAAAAUAUACGUAAGGUAUAAUAUAUUUUAUUUUAUGCAAAAAUAAUGAGAUAUAAAUAUUCUUAACUUCACUUUAAAGUUUAAAUUACAUACUGUCUGUUUAAUGUUACAAUUUUUAAAUUAUUAUAUAUUUUUUUAAAUAUUUAAAAGCUAAAUUAUUAAGUUUUUGAUGAAAAUAAUGUAUAAGUACCUUAAUACUUAUACUGUUGUUAAUCAAAUUCUAAUUAGGUUGUAAAUUUGUAAAUAUACAUAAUUGUCUGUUGAUAUAUUAAUGUUAUUAUAUUUUAAUUUACGAACAAGUAACUAUAUUGAAAAUAUUAUAUUGUCGAAGUAUGUGUGUAUACUUUAUUUUAAUAAUAUGUCUGUUGUCAUUUGACUGUAAACAGCCGAUAGACACAUAGUGGUUCAACAAAAUAUAUUAUAAUAAUUUUUUAGCAGUAAGAUUAUGUGUAACAAGCCAAAUUUAAAAUUGCCAAAUAUUUUACAAGAAUAAUAAAUGAGAAAUUAUUUUUAAUUUUUUAUACAUCAUAAUAAAUGUAAAUUGUAUACACU